CUUGUCCGAUACCGUCUCGCGUUUCCUUCUGACUCUACUUAGCCAUGGCGGGCGUAGUAUCGGCCGAGGAGAGAUUCAAUAUUAUCACUCGGAAUCUUCAGGAAGUGCUGGGCGGGGAGUCAAUCAAGGCGAUACUCGAGCAGGGGAAAAAUCCAAAGUGCUACUGGGGCACGGCGCCCACCGGCAGGCCACAUAUUGGGUACUUCGUGGCCUUGACGAAGAUAGCUGACUUCUUACGAGCGGGCGUAGAGGUCACGAUUCUACUAGCAGAUGUACACGCCUUCCUUGACAACCUGAAAGCGCCCCUGGAGCUCGUGGGGUACCGAACAAAAUACUACGAAUACCUCCUGCGCACCGUGUUCACCUCACUAGGCAUCCCCAUCUCGCGACUCCGCUUCGUCGAAGGGUCAUCCUACCAGCUCACGAAAGAAUACAACAUGGACAACUACAAGUUAUGUUCCAUCGUGACCGAGCACGAUGCGAAGAAGGCCGGCGCGGAGGUUGUGAAGCAGGUCGAGAGCCCCUUCCUUAGCGGCUUGCUGUACCCCGGGCUUCAGGCUCUUGACGAGCAGUACCUCGGUUGCGAUUUUCAGUUCGGCGGCGCGGACCAGCGCAAAAUCUUCGUCUUCGCAGAAGAAUACCUCCCGAAGCUCGGCUACGCCAAGCGCGCGCAUCUCAUGAACCGCAUGGUCCCCGGUCUUGCGGGCGGCAAGAUGUCUUCCUCAGACCCGAACUCGAAGAUUGACUUCCUCGACCCGCCCGAGGCCGUGCGCAAGAAGAUCAAGGCCGCCUUCUGCGAGGAGGGCAACGUCGCCGACAACGGGCUGCUCGCGUUCGUCAAGGAGGUGCUCAUCCCCAUCAGUGAGAUGCGCAUCGAGCGCUCGAAGGGGCAGACGGAUGCCGACCCUGAGGAGGGCAAGAGCGCGCUGGGCGAGCAGAAGCCGUUCGUGGGCGAAGACGCACCCGAGGGCACGGUGUUCACGAUCCACCGCGACCCGAAGUUCGGCGGACCGAGCCAUUACAAGAAUUACGAGGAGCUCAGGGACGAUUUCGCGUCGACGAACCUCCACCCGAAGGACCUGAAGACAGCGGUGGCGGACGCUAUCAACAAGUUGCUCGACCCCAUACGGAGCACGUUUCAGGCGGACGAGGAGUGGCAGAAGGUCGAGAAGCUGGCGUACCCGGAUCCGAAUGCGAAGCCGGAGAAGAAGAAGAAGGUGAAAGUCUACCACCCGCCGCCGCCAGGUAAGGGUAAGAAUGCGCAGCCAGCGACCGAGUCUGGCGCAGCGGAACUGAGCCAACCUACUUCGGAGGUAGCAGGUUAGACACGGGUAGAGCAUUCGAGUACAUAACAAUAGUUAUGCCAUCAGGGGCAUGCUUGUCAGGCAUUCGUGUGUCCGCGGACAAGUGUGUCUUAAGUCUGUACCUAUCAAAAUUUCCUACACCAUGAAGCUGC